AUGUCCACUAUGCCAGAAGACAUUGUCAGUGCUCCCGAAAACCCAUACCCCGACUUUGAAGAAGCAUUUAGAAUCAUCAAAAUAGAUGACUAUCAUUAUAAAGGAGCCCAUUCAUUAACCCUUCCAAUAAAACAAGCUCGUGGAGUAUAUGGAGGCCACAUGAUUUCACAAUCCUUAUUAGUAGCAAUAGAAUCAACCCGUAACCCGCAAACCAACAAAGUCAUGAUUCCCGAUUCUUAUCAUCUGUAUUUCAUCGGUGCAGGAAGUGCAAAAACUCCCAUGAAUUAUGCAGUUGAGAAAAUAUAUGAUGACGAAAUGAUGAGUAAACGAUACAUCACCUCCGAACAACAAGGCAGAAAGAAAUUGGUGUGUAUGGUAUCCUUGCGGAAACCAGGUACUACUCCAUUACAUAAACGAGAUUUAGAUGAAAGUAUCCCCGUCCCACCCCUCCAAGCAAAAUAUCCCGAUAUAAAUAAAUUAUAUCAAGUUGAACAUCUGGGAUUUGUUAGAAAUGCAUACUCCAAAGAAUUUAUGGACUAUCGAGAAUGUCCCGAAGAGAAAGAUCAAUAUGCAAGUGAAAGAUGGUUAACUGUCUUUGGCGGGAUUAAAAACAUUCCUGAACCAGGGACUGAACAUGAAACGAUUGUGGAACAUUUACCUAAUGCCAUAAAUGAAACUGAACCAGUAACUAAAACAAUCCUUAGACCUUUACAUUCAAAAUCAUUCCGGGACCCUAUGUUUAAUUAUGUCGGAUUGGCAAAUUUAUCCGAUUCGGCAUUCAUAACUACCAUGCCUAGGAUAUUACAUCUUCCUUGGGAUCCUUCAAUUGAAAGAAGUGGAACUUAUGAUAGUGGAACUGAUGCAUUGUUAUUAAUGAGACAUUCUUUGAAUGUAUUACAUAUUUUUCAUUACAAUGCAAUGUCAUUGGAUCAUCAUAUGUAUUUUCAUAAUGAUGAUUAUACUCCAAAUGAUGAAAGUUCAUUUGAUGUUUGUAAAGAUUGGUUGACUUUUACUUAUCAAAUGAAAAGAUUACUGAAUAGUAGAUUAUUAUGUAGAGGUUAUUUCUUUAACGAUAAAGGGAAAUGUGUUGCUACUGUUGUUCAAGAAGGGUUAGCAUUGGUUUAUGAAGGAGUAGGAGAAACUGCUGAUAAAACUAAGUUAUAG